GGUUGCAUUGCCUGGUACGCCUUGGAGCACGGUGACACGUACCGCAUCAUAUUCGGGUCAGACAGCUUUGGAAAUACUUGUGGACGCAAUAAUGAACCAAUUUGGAUUCGAUCGAACGGUACCGAAACAAGGAAGCAGUUUGAAUUUUCCGGACAGAAUAUGACUGAUAGAAGGUUCAUGUUCCCUCUGAACGCUUCAAGAGCUUUCGACACGAUAUGGGCUUGCGUGCGUAGGUGUCCCGAUCAGACCAUUACUAGUUACGGAGAAAGUCUCUCAGAAACGAAAAAUUUUGAUUCUCUCCUAGCUACUCUUACAUUUGCCUACUGGGUCUAUUAUAUUUUCACUACUAUUUCAUUCAAAACG